AUGCCUGUUUCCUUCAAGUUGGCCGACUUUGAAAGACAAACGGAUGUCUCUUUUAGAAUCAUGAAAAUCAAUCCUAAGAAGAAGCAAAGGCUUAAGAUCCGUAAGGAAAGCAGAGUGAAUGUUUAG